UGAUGAAGAAACUCUGAAGGCAGGGAGGAGGAGUAAAACUACUGCCCUGCACAGUAAAUGUUCUUGUAUACUGUACAGCAUUCUGCUGGUGGCUUGAGGCAGAGGCUCAUUAGAUCAGAUCAAGCUGUCUGACCUCCUGUACCUGUACGCUGAGUGCAGCUGAUCUUACCUGUGGAAGAAAAGCUGUGCAGCUUCUCACAGCUCUGUUUGCUCCUGAACUUGGAAACUGUGCCUUUCAGACGGUCCUGCUCUAAGGUGACAACAUGCUGAAGCAAGUUGUGUCGUUCAGCCGCUCCUUGGUGCGCAGGAAAGUGGUCGACAUGAACAGCCUGGAGGACUCCAAGCUGUGCCGCUGCCUGGGAACCGUAGACCUCAUUGCCCUAGGGGUGGGCAGCACCCUGGGGGCUGGGGUUUACGUGUUGGCUGGAGAGGUGGCCAAGGGAGACUCUGGCCCCAGCAUCGUCAUCUCCUUCCUCAUUGCUGCCUUGGCCUCAGUCAUGGCCGGCCUAUGCUAUGCCGAGUUUGGGGCCCGUGUCCCUAAAACUGGCUCUGCUUAUCUAUACAGUUAUGUCACAGUAGGGGAGAUCUGGGCCUUCAUUACAGGCUGGAACUUAAUCCUCUCAUAUGUCAUUGGCACCUCCUCUGUUGCCAGAGCUUGGAGUGGCACAUUUGAUGACAUGAUAGGAGGACACAUUGAGGUUUUCUGUAAAACAUACUUCAGCAUGAACUCUCCUGGUUUGGCUCCAUAUCCUGACUUCUUUGCUGUGUGCCUCAUUCUGCUGCUCUCUGGGCUCUUGUCUUUUGGAGUAAAGGAAUCAGCCUGGGUCAACAAGGUCUUUACAUCAAUCAACGUGCUUGUGCUUUUCUUUGUCAUCAUUUCUGGCUUUGUCAAAGGAGACACAUAUAACUGGAAGAUAACUGAAGAAUCCCUUGUAAAUAUCACAAUAGUCACAAGGAACUUGUCUGUGACAGCCAACGUAAGCAGUGACUACGGUAUUGGUGGCUUCAUGCCCUACGGGUUCAGCGGGACACUAGCCGGAGCUGCCACCUGCUUCUAUGCUUUUGUCGGAUUUGACUGCAUUGCAACAACAGGAGAGGAGGUGAAGAACCCCCAGAAGGCCAUUCCCAUCGGCAUAGUGGUGUCACUCACCGUAUGUUUCCUGGCGUACUUUGGCGUCUCUGCUGCACUUACCCUGAUGAUGCCCUAUUAUCUGCUGGAUGAGAAGAGCCCGUUGCCCAUGGCCUUUGAAUAUGUAGGCUGGGGGCCUGCCAAAUACGUGGUUGCUGUGGGUUCAUUGUGUGCCCUCUCUACCAGUCUGCUGGGCUCCAUUUUCCCCAUGCCUCGUGUAAUCUAUGCUAUGGCAGAGGAUGGGGUGCUUUUCAAAGCCUUAGCCCGAAUCAAUCCUAAGACGAAGACCCCAGUUAUUGCCACUAUGAGCUCCGGUGUAGUUGCAGCAAUCAUGGCUUUCUUGUUUGACCUUAAAGCCCUGGUUGACAUGAUGUCUAUUGGAACCCUGCUGGCCUACUCCCUGGUGGCUGUUUGUGUGCUCCUUCUCAGGUACCAGCCAGAGGGAGUCCUAGAGAGGCAGCCAGGAAAAGGAGAGAAGGACUAUUUAUCAUCUGAAGAGUCCGAAUUGACCGAGUCAGAGUCCCACCUGAACAUGCUGAAGGAUGGUAACUCCACCCUUCAGACUGUCCUGCAUCCACCCCUCUUACCUUCAGAAGAGUCAUCCUUUGUGGUCAACAUGUCCAUUUGUGUGUUAGUGCUGAUAGUGUGCAUCAUCAGCUAUCUCACCACCUACCAUUUUAAUUCAAUCAUUGCUUUGGAAGUGUGGAUUUUGGCCUUGCUGUCUGUGUGUCUCCUAAUCUUCAGCAUCUGCGUUUUCAUGGUCUGCAGGCAGCCUCAAACUACCAAGAAGGUCUCCUUUAUGGUUCCCCUUCUGCCCUUCCUGCCUAUUCUGAGCAUAUUUGUUAAUAUUUACCUCAUGGUUCAGCUAAGUGGAGACACCUGGAUACGUUUCUCUGUCUGGAUGGCUGCAGGCUUCUUGAUCUACUUUGGUUAUGGCAUUUGGCACAGCACCGAGCGACAGCGCCACUGUCAAGGUGCGCAGAACAGUAACCACACCAACCAGCAAAACAUGAAGACCAUCCAGGACAAGCAGGGCGAAAUGGGAUCCUCCUCUGCGAAGGAGCAGGAGUGCUUCAUCAGCCCUGAUAAAACCAGCCAGUGUUAAAGUUUCCAAAGUGUUUGAGUAACUCCAAGAGGCAGCUGAUACAAGAAAGCACUCAGCGGCUUCAGCCUCAAUGCGCCUGUACAUAUGGUUCGACAUGUGUACAAAUCUCACUAGCACCUUUGGUCUGCAAAUGCAGUGUCAGUAUUCUGUAUCAGUACCAGCAUGAUGAGAAAUUGCUCUGUCCCUGUGACUGGACCACAGUGCAGUAGUUCCCAUGGGGCCUUUGUGCACAGGCUUGGAGGAAUAAAGGACAGGUAACACACUGGAGAGCAGAAGCAAAGAUAUGUGGCUUCAUGAGGGACUGGAGUUUUGAUUGCAGAAAACAUCUUAUAGUCCUCCUGUGAUACAACCAAACACACGCACACACACACAUAUAUGUAUGUAUAUAAAAACACAUUUGUCUGGACUCUUCCAUUUUUUUUCACAAAUGAAUUUAAUUAUAUUUUUUGAUGACCUCAUAGAACGUAAACUUGUGCCUUUCUAAUGUCUGUAGAAAACAAGACUUUACACACCUUGACCUACAGUGGAUAUCAUUAUGCUAAAAAAUGUCAAUUAAAUUGUCGAAAUGAGAACCUGACAAAACAUUUCAAGGCUUUCUACACUUUUACGCCGACAUAUCUGGUAUAGUUUCUGCAAAAAAAAAAAAAUCAAUUAAUAAAAGCAUUAAAAAAAUCUGUGAGAGAAAAUAAACCUACAAUAGCUUAUUACCUGAAGCUUUACACCCUUAUUAGUUCCCAUGUGCCAAUUUUAUUUAAUUUCUACUGAUUUCAUUAUUUUGCAUCCGGCUACUCAGCCAUAAUUUGUGGAAGGGUUAGGUUGGAUUGAAAAGAUCUUUUUGUAUGAAGGUAUCAGUCAGUAGUGUGGUUCUAGAAGUUUAUAUUUAUCCAAAUACUUCACAAUCAGUAGAGACAAUAAACACAAAAAUGUCAAACCAGUCUGUGUAUCUGCCAACAUGCCUUCAGUCUGAAACAGAAGAAAAACCUUCUCCAGUUCUGAAUUCUGAAAUUUGAGAAACAAUAUUUAACAAUAUGUUGUUUUCUUUUAAAGAAAACAUCCAGUCUGCUAACAUGUUACAAAGCUGCAUGUAAAUAUUGGUGUGAUAAAACCAGCCCCAAACGUUUAGGGUAAAACCUCCAAAAGUUAACUUUUGGUACAAAAAGUAAUACUGAACAUCAUCAAAUCUGCAGCAGUACAUGGUAGUGGCAGCAUCAUGCUAUGGGGUUUUAAUUUCUCUCAUUGGAACUGCAAUUGCUUAUCCAAGUACUUUAAGUUUUGAACAAUUUUAAAUACCAGUCCAUACUGAUUGUUAACCUCUAGGUGUCUGCUAUAAAGUUUAAUACUAAGGGGGGGUUCAUUCUACAUACAUGAACUUAUGUGGUCUACAUCCGCAUUAACAAAAUUCUGACUGCACCACAAGAUUGACAAAGAUUUGGAUUAGCCAAAUCAUGUCCAUGAUCCAAAUCUGACAGGGAAUGGUUAGAAUCACCAAAAUCUUGAAGAAAUCUGCAAGUCACAUGAUGAAGGAACAUGAUUCCUGAUCAGGCUGAUGGAUACCGAUGGACUCAAGACCGAAUACUAAAAUUAUUCGGCCAAGGAUGUUUACCUUAUGUAUCAAAGUUGCAUCUUAUUUUAGGUUUCACUCUUUCCACUAGUCUCUCACAUUUGCUUUUCUGCUAAAUUGUAGAGGGAUAAAAGUUUAGAACGUCGAGAUCCAAGUCUCAUGUUUGAAUCUAUGGUAUGUUGUCACUCUUAAGGAGCCACCUGUAGACACAGGUAGUUAGCUUUGCUAGUUGAAGUACUGGAGGAAAAUGAUUAUAUUUGAGAUGACCCAGUUUAAAUCUUCCCUGUAGUCCCUAAAAGCCCCUCUAGCUGUGAUCUUAUGAAGCACAAAUUGACUCAUUUUAUUAUGUUUGUUGUGUUGACUAUGAACUGUUAAGUUUGGAAAUAAGGAAAUAUGGAUAUGGGCUAAGAUGUAAAACCUUCAUGAAAAUGUUUUACAGCAUAUUCUGUUUUUAAUACUGUCCUGGUAUGA